AUGGCAGAAAGUAAACCUAAAAUAAGCAAGGAUUUUCACAUUUAUGAUGAUGUGAUGAUACAAACAAAGACUCCUUCUUGUCAUUAUACAAAAAUAAAAAAGAAACUUUGUCUGUAUGAAAUUUUUCCAUUUCAGCUGCAAUCUAGCACUUCAAUUCAAUUGCCUUUUUUGAACUUUCAGGCUUGA